AUGAACAUCUCGGAGCACCACGGGCUGCACCAUGCCCACCGGAACCUCAGUUUGGGUGGCGGCAAAGCGACGUCUGGCGAAAGGAAUUCUGCGUCUGGAUGCUACGAGCAGCUCCUCGUGUCCACCGAGGUCUUUCUCACGUUAGGACUGGUCAGUUUAGUGGAGAACGUCCUGGUGAUCACCGCCAUCAUCAAGAACAAGAACUUUCACUCGCCCAUGUACUUCUUCAUUUGCAGCCUGGCAGUCGCAGACUUGCUGGUCAGCGUCUCGAACGCGACCGAAACCGCAGUGAUGGCGCUCAUCACCAGCGGGAACCUUACCAUCUCUGGAAAUGUGGUAAAGAGCAUGGAUAACGUCUUCGACUCCAUGAUCUGCAGCUCCCUCUUGGCGUCCAUCUGGAGCCUUCUGGCCAUCGCCGUCGACCGGUACGUGACUAUCUUCUACGCCCUGCGCUACCACAACAUCAUGACCCAGAGGCGAGCGGCCGCCAUCAUUACGUGCAUCUGGAGCUUCUGUACAGCGUCCGGCGUCCUCUUCAUCAUCUACUCUGAAAGUGCGACCGUCCUCAUCUGCCUCAUCAGUAUGUUUUUCACCAUGCUGGCCCUCAUGGCCUCGCUUUACGUGCACAUGUUCCUCCUGGCCAGGCUUCACAUGAAACGCAUCGCCGCCCUGCCAGGAAACGGCCCCGUGUGGCAGGCGGCCAACAUGAAAGGUGCCGUGACGCUCACCAUCCUCCUCGGCGUGUUCGUGGUGUGCUGGGCGCCCUUCUUUCUUCACCUCAUCCUCAUGAUCUCCUGCCCGAGGAACCCGUACUGCGUGUGCUUCAUGUCCCACUUUAACAUGUACCUCAUCCUGAUCAUGUGCAACUCGGUCAUCGACCCGCUCAUCUACGCCUUCAGGAGCCAGGAGAUGAGGAAGACCUUCAGGGAGAUCUGCUGUGGCUGGGCGUCGGGAUGGAGCUGCAGCUGGAGUUGUGUCGGACUCAACGGGAGGCUUGAUAGCUACUGAGGACGUUUCUUUACUCGUUAAGACUCUUAAUCAGUCUGAGGGUCUCAGAUGGAC